AUGGACGAUUCCUUUGACCCCAUCAUCGAGGGUCUCCAGGACGACUUCUGUACUGGAAAGUACAGCGACAUGCGCCUUGUCGCUGGCGAUGGAACCAUCUACCACGUGCACAAGGUUGUCCUAUGCCACCAGAGCAAGUUUUUCGAGAACGCCAUGAAGGAGGGCCGAUUCAGGGAGGGGUACGAGAACAUGAUCCACCUCGAGGACAAGGAUUCCCAGACGGUCUACACGAUGCUACGCUACCUUUAUUACCAUAACUUCCGCUUCCCCAGUAGCUGUAAGACCGCGACGGACUAUAUUGUCUUCGCUAUCAACCUCUAUGCGCUGGGAGACGAGUACCAUAUCGACCCGCUUUGCCGUUACGCAUUCGAAAGGCUCAAGGAACAAACGACCAACAUCCCUGCUGAGUCAUUGGAGCGGAUUCUUUCAAACUUCCCGCGCAUAGCACACGCUGCGUAUGAUCAGCUCCCAUACACGGGCAAACGAAUAAAGCUUCUGGUCGUGAGUCUGGCCAAGGACAACAUUUUCAAGCUCUUAGCGCACGAAGGCAUCCUCUCGCUGAUACAGGAAUUGCCCGAAUUUGCGAGGGACCUGUUGGCGCUGCAAGGCGCCGACCAGUUCAAGAUUCGGGGUCAGAGAAUGAUUAAAAAUACUUUUGUCGAGGAGGAGACGGGCGCAAAUGACCUCCCGUUGCGUUUGCACUGA